CCACGUAUCGCACAGGAACCCGGAAGUGCUAAGCAGGUAAACUGUUUUGUUGUGUUGUUUAGGUUUUUUUUUUUAGUGGAAGGUAUGUGUGGCAGCACAGGUGGACUCGGGACGAUGUGACGAGUCGGAGUGUGGCAGAGGAAACAUGGAGGCCGGCUUUCUGCGCUGGCUGCUUUUCUUCGCCCUGACAGCUUGGACGUCGGGAGACGACGGACAGGUGACCUUUGUCUCCGAGCUGUCGUCCAAACCGGCUCAGAAGUUGUCAAAGUAUGGCUGGUACGCCAACGUCAGGCUGCAGAGGUUCCACAUACCGGAGGAGACCGCCGUCGCCCGCUGGCUCUUCUCCGUUAAAAAGGGCCACAGCUUCCACUGCGGCCAGCACAACGUCAGCAUCCAUAUCCGAUGGGGCGCCCCUCCUGUCAUAAACCCAACGGAGACGGUGUUUCCUAAUGCAACGCUCUGGUCCCCCUCUUUGUCUCUAAGUCUACCGGUGACCUCCCAGAGCUCCACGACCUUUAACCUCUCUGACCCGGCCCCGGGGGAUUGGUUCGUUGCUGCUCAUUUACCUGAAGAUGACGGGCGCAUAGAGCAGAAGGGUUUCCCGUCCUGCUCCUAUUACUUCCAGCCCCAGCUGUCGGUGCGUAGAGCGGUGGACACGCCGGUCUUACAGCAGGGAACCUUCCUGACACAGACCGCAGCCCCUGACAGACCCGCACGUCUCAAGGUGUUUGUGCCAGAGUUCGCCUCGUCGCUCUCGGUCUCCGUGGCCGAGUGCUCGUCGCAGGGGGAGGCGGAGGAGAGCAAAAGCUGCCCGCUGCUCCUCAGGCUCGGCUCCGUGUCCCUGCGGCACAGCCAGACGACGGUGAACUGCUCGGGGAUCAGCUGCUCGGCGUCCCUCUCCCACCCUCCGUGGGACGCCUGGUUACGGGUCGUUGUGGAGAGCAGCCAAGUCAACCGAACGGUAACGUUCAGGAUCGCCGCCAACUACACAGUGGGCUGUAAGCCAAAAAGUGUGGGCCUCAAAGCAGACGACGACUUCACGAAGCUGCUCGGCAAGAGCAGCAUCUCCAACGCGACAUCAACCGGCAACAACUCAGCUGCUCCCGGAUCGGUCCCCUCUAACGGAUCCGCGGCGCUUAUGCCCCAGCCGUCCGCGUCCGCGUGUGUGCAGAGCAUCCCGGUGCUCUACGAGGAGCUGGACGUGCUGUCGCUCCGCUUCACCCCCGCCAACGGGUCCAACAUCAGCAUCGCCGCCACGCACCCGACGCUGCUCACCUACCCGCUGACAACACAGGCCACCGGGGGCACACUCAACCUGCAGCUCACACUCAAUUCUACUAAUGCAACUUUGGGGAAUAACAGCAUCGUUGCCUGUUUUUCUCCCUGGGCUCCGGUCCUCAAACUCAACCACUCUGAACCCUGCCACACAGCGUUGUUUGGGGGUUAUGGUGCUGGCAUCAACGUCAGCGUCCCUAAAGCUCUGCUCCGGCUGCCUUUCCCUCAGGCUGCAACAUGGUACCUCACCCUGCAGCUCGUAUGCAACAGCAGUGACUGCGGCAACUCCUCCGCGGUGUCCGUGGUCCCGGAGGUGUCCAUCAGUGCCUGUGUGGAGGACUGCGGGCCGUACGGCGAAUGCAGGCUGCUGAGAUCCUACACCUACCUGUACGCCGCCUGUGGCUGCACCGCAGGCUGGAAAGGUUGGGGCUGCACCGACGGCUCCACGGCCCUGUCAUACAGCCGGCAGCUGACCGCGACCAUGCUGCUCACCCUCAGCAACCUGUUCUUCCUGCCCGCCAUCGUGGUGGCCGUCAGACGCUCCUACAUCACCGAGGCCUCCGUCUACCUCUUCACCAUGUUCUUCUCUACGUUCUACCACGCCUGUGACCAGCCAGCUGCAGCGGUCCUGUGCAUCAUGGACUAUGAUGCCCUGCAGUACUGCGACUUCCUCGGGUCAAUCUGUUCCAUCUGGGUCACCAUCCUCUGCAUGGCUCGCCUCGGAGACAUAGCCAAAUACACUCUGUUUUUGCUCGGCGCCUUGUUGAUAGCCAUGUCGAUGCAACUGGACCGCAAGGGCCUGUGGAACCUGCUGGGCCCCAUCCUUUGCGCCAUCCUUCUCAUGGUCGCUUCCUGGGUGUACAGGGGGGUCCGGCGCCGGCACUGCUACCCGCCGUCCUGGCGGCGUUGGGCCUUCUACCUGAUCCCCGGAGCGCUCUGCGCCCUCGUCGGCGUGUGCCUGUACAUCUUCGCAGAGACGGAGGACAACUACUACUACACGCACUCGCUGUGGCACAUCCUGGUGGCCAGCUGCGUGGUGUUCCUGCUGCCGCCGAAGGAGAAGGACCGCAAGGCCCUGGGCUGGAGCCAGGGCUUCAACUGGAGCUGGAGGUGGAGCUGGAGACCAAGGGUGUGUGGAUACACGCUGUGUGAGAGCAGCAAAGACGAACUCUAUACGGUCACAUAGCAGAGACGGCGUUACUGGGGGGUAGUUGUUGUAGUUCCUGACAAACCUGAGAAGCAGACGUUCACAAAUCUGCUGUGCCUGCUGAUGGUGGCAAAUAUCUAUAUAAGGCAGAAUGAGGCAUUUUCCAAUGAAAACUGUAUAAUUGUAUUGUUAAAGGUCCCCAUAUAUUUCAUAUUUACAGCUGCUCCAACUGGGGAAGUGGUCUUAGGUUUAGUUUUUAAAAACACACCUCCUGUGUUUGCUCUUUGUAUUAUUUUAUUCAAUGUGCUAAAACUUCUACAGAAGAAAUGCAGAUUUCUGUGGCUUAUUUCUAAACUCCAGUUUUUCGUAAAACACAUUAAAACGUUGGUAAAAAGCAUCCAGCACCAAUUUUAACAUCCUGCAUUAAAGACUCUCCACUGGGACGACGCAUUACGUAGCUAAAUCUGCAUCACUCUGAGUUAUAGAGCUAAGUGUGAUUAGAAAAUGGAUCAGUCAAUGGCUUACUUUUGGAGUAUAAUGAUUCAUCAGCUGUUGACUUUGAGCAUACACUUAUAGUGUUUCUCUGUUAUUUUGGAACACUGCCUAACCCAAUUAAAAAAAUUUAGGAGCUUUGGGUUUGUGGAUGUCACAUCAUAAUGGUGCACAACAGAUCCGAAAUGACGGCUGAAAUUUCUUUAUUUUUCUUUUUUAAGAUCUAGUGAGGAAACAAACAUUGAAACACUAAUUUAGGUUUUGGCUUCAGUCAAGCCAGCUAACACACAGAACAUCACCCUUGUUCUAUAGAUGCACCAAUCAGAUGUAUGUGGCUGAUUUUACAAUCUCCAGUUUUAUAGAAAUCUUUAACAUGCCAAUACCACUUUUAUAAAGAAGAUACAAGAACAGCAUUAAAAUAUAGUUUCUCGCCCUAAUAACCAAUUAAAAAAACUUAAUCAUUAAAAAUGUAAAAUCUUAAAGCCAUUUCUUUAAGUCGGAUAUUUCCAAAAGGCUGCCAACAUUUCCAAAUCAGCACGUUAUGAAGGUUUUAAUGGAGCCCCUAUGCUGCACUCCGUUCAGCCUUCCUGUUAUCUGCUGAAAGUCUUGCUCUCUCUCGACCUGUUGCGCCACAAGCACACGGCACACGUCUCCACUCGUAGAAAAUACAGUUAAAAUUUAACAUUGCUGAUAGUCAAGUCGUAGUGCAGUCACUAAUGUAAAAAAAAAAGAUCCUGUUUUUGAUUUAAGGCUCAGCAGGUUGCCUAUCAGGAAAUGAAAAUCAUCCGAUUCCAGUUACCAGCCAACUUAUUGAUGCAUCUCUGUUACCUCUCUUUAAGUUAAAGAAGAAAAACUGUCUUUUUUUUUCUCGUAAUGCAUUUCAUUAGCGCAGGACAUGAUUGUCUAAAAUAUUUAUAAAAGGUAUCUCUUUUUUAAGAAAAAAAACAACAACUCCAAAUCCUCAGUCUACACAAAGAAUAUGUUAUACUUAUAAUUGAUGUGAUGUGUUUUUGUUUUUCUUCAUAGGUCUGGGUUAUGUUGGAAGAGUUUAGAAGUCCUGAUGAAAUUUGAAUAAUUAUUUACUGCCAGGUACUGAUAUUAUUUAACUUGUCCUGCAUUCUGCUGCAUUUGUCGUAAAAUGAGCACCAGAACACAUCUCACAAGUCCACCUAAAAGCAGGGAGCCACUGGUUGCCCAAAGUCUGCUCAUCACAAUCACUUAUUGUGUCUUCACACAGCGUCACAAGUCUGAUAAUCACAUGUCAGUCUCAUGGCUGCAGGUCAUAACAACCAGGAGCUUCUAACCUGUCGCAUGGAAAACAAUGAAGAAAAUGCAUGAGGAAUUCCGAUUUACUGAGUCUGUAAAAGUGGGUAAGAUGAAGUCUUUUGGAGCCUUGCUAAAAAGGGCAGUUUUGCAUUUCCCAAGCUGGUAUCAUAACACAGAGGGCUCUAAACUGGGAUACACGGCAUUAGAAAAUCUUUUGUUGUUGGCGGAUACUAAUGGUGAAUAAUCUGUGGACAAUAUCUAUUUUCUUCUUUCCGUUGUUUCUCAUCUGAGCUUCCAUCACUCUGGGACCUUUUAACAUUUUGGGCCUUGUGAUCUGUGUCCGGUGUGAGCAUCUGCUGCCGUAAGACUUUGUCAAACUGACUAAAAAAAAUUACAUUAACAUGAAAAACGCAGGUUCACACCACUUGGAAUACAUUGGCCAAUAAUUAUUGCACUAAAAAAAGUCCUUUCCAGUAUGAAUACUACACUCCCUGAACCUGGGUAUAUUCUCAUUAUAUUCUCAUUAUAUUGUGCAGCCUCACUCUGUGUCUUCCAUAAAAUGAUGAAAAUGUAUUGUUAGUUUGUUGCCUAUGAAACAAGUUGACAGUUGUUUGUUGUUUUGGUGGGUUUUUUUUGUUUGUUUUUUAAUGGACAAAGAACCGGCCUUCUCAAAGGUCCGUGCCCCUGGUGACAUCACAUAAGGCAUCUGGUCAGAGCUCUGCAUUUAUAUGCUUCUAUUGUACUUUAUUUUUUUAUUAACUCUUUUAAUUGUCUAGUUUUAGUCCAGCCGAAGUCAAAUUCUGGCUCACACACUUAAGGUAGGGCUCCUUGAAGCUGAUUCUAAAUCUGUCAAGCAUCUUGUCUGUGUUGUUUUUACCGAUGCUAGGUGAUCAGCUCCGUCAUUAUGCCUCUUGUGAUGUCAUCAACCCAGAUGCACACAAUGCAGAAUGAGCUGGGCGUUUUUUAUUAGUAGCGUUAUUAUUUUCUCCUUUUAAAAUUCUAAGAAUAUGUUUUGUGAAUUGUCGCAGCGGGAAUCCAUAAUUAAUUAUCCGUCUGUGUUUUUAUUGUCGGUGUGUAUGUGUUGGUGAGAGAACUGCCAUGACCGGAUAGAUGGUGGAUGUUUAUCAACCUGAGACGUCACGUCUGUGGACAUAUUAAGAAAUGCAAAUGUGAAGGAAGGCUUGAAGGGAAGCGAGCAUUUUCUGUUCAUCUGCAGCCUAAAACACUAACUCCUGGUUAACUAGCUGAAUGUCUUCCUUUUUUUCAUGAUUCCACGGUGUAACGUGAAUUGUCCAUAUGUGUUUGAGUCAGGACUCAGUGAAUGUAUACUAAGAUUACUGCCCAGUGCCUCUUCCUUUGUCUUUUUGUUUUUGCACUUUAUUGUCUGGGGAUUUUCCCCUCUUGUACCAGUAAAGCUACUGAAAUCUGUCUAUAUUUACUCCAAAACUCUAUAAUCAAGUGUCAGUCUGUAGUUUAACAUAUUACUUUGGUUUGAUUUUCUUUUUAAAGCUCCGACCUCUCUGUUGUGAUGUUGCACAUAUUCCCACUGAUUGUCCAGCACUUGCACAGCCUUCGUUUUAUUGUUUAGCUUCUUUCUUCGUAUUGUGUGAGCUCGUCACACUGAAGUUGGAAUAUGGGGGGGAAUAAAUGUCCACUGGGGCUUAUUCUGCUUUUCCUCGUCAAAGGAUGAAAAAUGUCAUUUUUGUCAAAAACUAAAUCCAGCCUUGGAAAAAUAAAUCUGCUGUUCAAGAAGAA